UAAAAUGGAAGAGUUGAGGAAGAAGUAGAAGAAGGAAGAAUAAUGGGAGAUGAAUACCAACUUCCACAAAGAACCCUAUGGAGCAACGCAGAGAGAAGAUGCUUAAACCUUCUCCAAUGCAAGACAAAGAGCGUUACCACCCUUCUUCAAAUCCACGCCUUUAUGCUCCGACAUUCUUUCCACAACAACCUCAACCUCCUCACCGCUUUCAUCACCACCUGCGCCUCCCUCGUCGUCGUCUCCCCUACGCGCCAUCACGCGCUCGUACAACACGCGCGCUCCUUCUUCGACCUCGUCCGCAUCCGCGACACCUUCCUCUGCAACUCCAUGAUCGCUACUCACUUCGCGGCUCGCCAGUUCUCCGAGCCUUUCACCCUCUUCCGAGACCUUCGCCGCAAAACGCCGCCUUUUACGCCUGAUGGGUACACCUUCACCUCGCUCGUGAAGGGUUGCUCGGCUCGUGUGGCCAGGCGGGAGGGUUCGCAGCUUCACGGGGUGGUUUUAAGAAACGGGCUUUGCUUUGAUUUGUACGUGUCAACUGCUUUGGUGGAUAUGUAUGUGAAGUUUCGGAUUUUGGAUGAUGCCAAGAAGGUGUUUGAUGAAAUGUCUGUAAAGAGCAUGGUUUCGUGGACCGCGGUUAUUGUGGGGUAUGCGAGGUGUGGGAAUAUGGGUGAGGCUAGGAGGCUUUUCGAUGAGAUGGAGGAUCGGGACGUUGUUGCUUUCAACGCAAUGAUUGAUGGGUAUGUAAAGACGGGAUGUGUGGAUUUGGCGAGGGAGUUGUUUGAUGAGAUGGAGGAGAGGAACGUGGUUUCUUGGACUAGUAUGAUUUCUGGGUAUUGUGGUAAUGGUGAUGUUGAAAAUGCUAGGUUGAUGUUUGACGUUAUGCCGGAUAAAAAUUUGUUUACUUGGAAUGCCAUGAUUGGAGGCUAUUGCCAGAAUAGAAGGUCUCAUGAAGCGUUGGAGUUGUUUCGUGAAAUGCCGACGGUAUUGGUGGAGCCAGAUGAGGUAACUGUUUUGUGUGUUCUUCCCGCUGCGGCUGAUUUGGGUGCGUUGGAUUUGGGGGGCUGGAUUCACAGGUUAGCCCAAAGGAAAAAGUUUGAUAGGUCUGUUCGUGUUGGCACUGCUUUGAUUGAUAUGUACGCAAAAUGUGGUGAAAUUAUGAAAGCGAAAUUGGUUUUUGAGGAGAUGAAUGAGAGGGAAACGGCUUCGUGGAAUGCUUUGAUAAAUGGUUUUGCAGUCAAUGGCUGUGCCAAGGAAGCAUUGGAGGUGUUUGCUAGGAUGAUGGAAGAAGGGUUUGGACCAAAUGAGGUAACUAUGAUUAGUGUACUAUCUGCUUGCAACCAUUGUGGUUUGGUGGAGGAAGGAAGAAGAUGGUUCAACGAAAUGGAGAGAUUUGGAAUUGUGCCUGAGAUUGAGCAUUAUGGUUGUGUGGUUGACCUUCUAGGAAGAGCUGGAUGCCUGGAUGAGGCUGAAAAAUUAAUUCAAGCCAUGCCUUAUGAUGCUAACGGGAUAAUACUGAGUUCUUUUCUCUUUGCUUGUGUUUACUUCAAUGAUGUAUCGAGGGCAGAGAAAGUUCUUAAAGAGGUGGUGAAAAUGGAUGAGGAUGUUGCGGGAAACUAUGUGAUGUUGAGAAACAUGUAUGCUACGGAGCAAAGGUGGAGAGAUGUGGAGGGUGUUAAACAAAUGAUGAAGAAAAGAGGAACAAGUAAAGAGGUUGCUUGCAGUGUUAUUGAGGUGGAUGGAAGCUUUAGAGAAUUUGUGGCUGGUGAUUACUUGCAUUCACAUAUGGAGGCUAUUCAGUUAACCUUGGGGCAGUUAAGCAAGCACAUGAAAGUUGAAUUAGUCGGUUGACAAUGGAAACACAGAAAGCUGAAAGGAAAGGCUGCUGACUCAAGUAAAUGGUGCGCAAGUUGGAAACACACCCGGGAUUUUAUUAUCAGGAGGCAACUCCAAAAGUAACAAACAAUAGCAUGUGUUAAUUCCAGUCAACAGUUCAGAUAGAAUCCUGAGGUAAAACUACAAAUCUAUAUAGAGAAGAAUACAAACAGUACCUAUAGUACUUUCUCCAUAAAAUUGCAGUUACUAUCAAGCACCAGAUACAUACAUUACACUAGAUGAUUCCAACUCAGAUUCAUGAAGAGUCUCCUUUGAUUCAUUAAGCUCAGGUGGUUGAAUUUCCUGCAACGGUUGACAGUGAUAAGUGCGGCCUGUUUUUCUCAAAAUUUUGGGUUUCAUUAAAAUUGCAAGGAUGAUCAUCGGCAGGCUUGCUUGAAGGAUUGCACCUCUAUUCCAGCAAAUUGAUCGGCCCAGUGUUAAAAAACUACUAAUCUUAAAUAGAAACAUCUAAAACAGUGGAUGAAUAAAACAAACUUGACACCUUCGUAUCAUCAGAAGCUAAUAGAGAUUCAGAUUUUACUGGUGAACCAAUAAAAAAAUCAUCUUCAUCCAUCGGACACAUGUCAUCAUCGUUGUCGUCUGCUCUCACAUAGGAAUCUCAUAUAGGAAUCUGCUUUAUGAUACACAGUUGAGAACUAUAUGCUAUGUAUACAAGGAAUGAAAAAUGGCCCCUAUAAUUUGUAUAUAUAAAUAAUUGCUUGCUUUGCUUUCACUUUUGGUGUGUAACUCCCCACACCAACCGAUGUUUAGCAUGGCUUUGUUGACAAUCCAAGCUGUUUUUGUUCUACUAAGCUAAAUUUAGGC